AUGAAACAAGGAGGAAUGAAACAAGGAAGAAUGCAACAAAAUGGUCAAUUCAAUGAACAACAACAAGGAAUGGGACAAUCAAAUAUGCAAACAAAUUCUCAACAAGGAAAGCAACAAUCCAGAAUGCUUAAGGGAAGAUUUGGUAAACAACAAGGAGGAAUGCAAAUGAAUAAUAGACAACACAUGCAACCACAAUUAGGUAAUCAAUCCAACACUGAAUCAUCUCAACAAAACAAUAGAAUGCAAAAAGCAGGUGGAAUGAAAAAAUCAAGACAACAAGGUAACAUGCAAAGAGGAAUGAAUAGAAGAUCAAAGCACCAACAAAAUGGUCAACUCAAUAAUCAACAACAACAAGAAACUAAUCAACAACCAACUAGUAGCUCAACAACAACUGAUCAAACUAUUCAAACACUUGUUGAUUUGAGAAAUAUUCUUGAUUCAAUUAAAUCAACUCGUAAUCGUAAAUUAACAAUGUAA